GUGAAGAAGGAGGGGGAGGGGUCACAUGGGUCACACCCACCAUGGAGGUCAGAGGUCAGCUCAUCACAGCGACAGACACAGGCCCCGACAGGAAGCAGAAAAAUGCUCAGCGAUUGGUUGAGCUGCAAGAGAGGAGGCGGGGCUUACAGACGAUGCUCAGCACACGAUUGGCUGAGCUCAGGCGUGUCUGUCUCCAGGAAGCAGAGCUCACUGGUUUAAUUCCUGAAGACUUCCCGUUGGAGGAGGGGGAGAAACUUCCUUCAGUCCGACGAAGAGGAGGCUCUAGACUCAACAGGAAGAACAGGGCUGAGCUGGAAGAGAAGAAAAAGAAGACUUUGUUUAGUUCAGUUCGAAAACACAGUGAACCUGAACACAUCCCACAUCUCCAGAGCCAGAGAUCCAAGAGGACUGUCCACCGAGGCUGCCACACAGAUGAGUCUGUGAGGUCAGAGAGCAGCUCCACGUCUGACUCUACAGGACAUGACAAUGAUGAGAGUGUGACCCAUUGUCGCCCUCCGAUGGUCACUGCUGGUUCUUCUCCAGUUGAAGUUUUUGCCCCAAAUAAAACCAGGAACAACUCAGUCCACAGCAGAUCAGACUCUCAGGAUGUGCCCCAGAAACACUCCCUCCACACCCCCCUCCUCCGCCGCCUCGAUCCCUGGACGGCUCCACCUCCUCUGGGCAGACAGAGUCGGAGCAGCUGGGCAGAACUGGGGGUAGCUCUGGCGAGUAAUGGAGGCCGAGCUAAUGGCGCUAAUAGAUCUGUGGCUAACGGGCCAGUAGGGGGCGCCAACUCAUCCCGGCGCAGCAACAGCUCAGACGGACUGUUGGACAGAGGCGCUUCCACAGAGGCCGAUGGGCACUGGGUCAAUGGUUUGUCCUCUUCAAAGGGAGGAGCCGCAAGGAGUUCAGAGACUGAUACUCGGAUUCACAGGACCACCAACGGAUCAGAACCAACCACCAGGACUGAACCAGGACAUAGACCAGACCCAGGGACCAGACCAGAUCCAGGGCACAGACAAGAGCCAGGACCCAGACCAGACCCAGGCCAAAGGGGCAGAGCUCCCUACAGCGACCUGCUCCUGGACUACGUCUGGACCAAGCAACAGCAGAUGCUCCAGAGGCAGCAGUCACAUGGAAGCCGUCAGCCAAUCACAGCUCUGUAUCCAAACCAACAGCCAAACCUUGCUCCGCCCACUUACCGCGGCAUGCACAGUGAUCGUCAGCGAAUUAAAGUCACCCGGACUAAAUCAUGCGGGCCCUUCCUCCCUGUGCAGCCUCCGGGAGCAGAGAACUUUGACUCCCAGCAUGCACCUCUGCAGCCAGACCCUCACCCACACCUGCUGCCCCCCCGGCCCACCCAGGCUGCUCUAACCCAGGACCAGCAUAAUGAAGAGGCAACAAGGAAUCUGCAUAAGGCACUGGCUCUGGAAGGUCUGCGGGACUGGUAUCUGAGGAACACUUUAGGUUCCUCCCACCCAAAUCCGACCAAUGGGAACGCAGCCCCAAAGACUAAUGGCAUCAAAGGGAGGAGACGGACCACACACGGCGUCAUCCACCACUCAAACUACCAAGACCAUUCUAACUACCAGGACUCCAACUCCCACAAUGCAACACUGCACCAUUCUAACUAUCAGGAUCAUUCAAACUACCUGGACUCAAACUCCCACAAUGCCCCUCUGUCCAACUUUAAGGACAUUAAUCACAAUGGGACAAUUAAGAAGACAGGACUGCCUCAUUCAGCUACUUUUCAUGGGCUCCCGCUACACGGCAGGUCGGUGGAUGCUCCGCUCUACAAUGAUGCGUUCCCUAUUCACAAACAGGAAGUGCCCAUCAGGCAGGUGUCAUGUGACCAGCCGACACUCCAGGAACUCUGGUCUGAAGCCACCAAUCAGAGCACAGCAAGUCUGUACUAAAUAAUUAUGAGACAGUCUCACAUUAAAGUGUCAAAUCACUAUCACAUUUAAAUGUAUGAACUUACCACAUCCCGGGCUGGUUUCCUGGGAGCUUUAACUGUGACUAAAUCAAAGACAUCUUAUCAAAAGUCAAUUAUGAGGAAACAAGCUAUUUAUAUUGUAAUUUUCCUGAACUGGACUGUGCUCGGACAAUCAGGGUGAAAUCAAAAGUAUUUCAGAAGUAUUUAUAUCUGCGACGACAUCACCAGCUGACGACACCAGCUCAGUAGCCAACCAGCACUCUCCAAAUGGUCAGGUGACUCUCGCUCCUCAGGUGUGCCCUCACUCCACGGAAAGUGUGAGGAUGAUUUCAAACAUUUUUCUCUUUGGACUCAACGCUGCUGCACAGAAUCCUAAAAGUGCAAUGUGUAACUUUUCGUGUGUAGAUGGCCCACCGAUUACUGGUCUCUUUGGGGAUGUUAUUGCUUUACAUCCAGUUUUUCAAAGUAUGACAUUAAACUUUUCAACAUCCGUAAAAACAAGCAAGAGACACAACAAGGCCAAUUUGUCUGUGAAUCGCUGACCUCACCCACAAUAACAAUGCAUGCUUUUAAAAGUAUUUUUGAGUAAUAAAAACACCCAUAAUUCCAUAAAUGCAUCUUAAAUAAGUUUAAUAUCAUAUUGUGGAACAUUACAAACAAAGCAAUAGCAUCUCCAUGGUAGCGGUCCCCCAAUCUGAAAAGUUACGCUGUGCACCCUAAGCUCCGCCCACGUCGUGUUUUGUAUGAAAUUUGGAUAAACUUUUUUUUUUGUUUUAAAGAAAUUUUUGAAUCAAAAAUGUUUUAAAGUCAUGUUUUUGGAUGUGGCUGUUAUAAAUUAGCUUUAAUGUGUUUGCAUUUGUAUUGAACACUAUCAUGUGAUGCUGAACUUAAAUGCACUAAAAUGUAAGGUGUCUUAAGAACUAAAGACUUUAGAGGCUGGUUUUAAAAAUAUAUAAGUCACUUUAUGCUGGAACAAUCUGAUAUUAGAUAAUCAAGAAGAGCCCAUGAAAUGUGACGUAGCCAUAUAUUCCACUGAACCCUGUGUUGCCAGGUCUGCAGUUUUCCAGCAGAAUUUAAUCAAUCAUGAGUCUCCAGUUGGUUGUACAGUAUGGAUGGAGUUACUGAGUGAUAGGUAUGGGCAUUUUCUUAAUUGAUCGUCAGGAGAAGUAACGAUCGAUUUUCGAAUAAUCUAUAACGUUUUUAUAUUAAAAUUAUCAUCUUUAUUAUUACUAUCUGCACUACUAAUCUGCAUAAAUUAACUCAAAUUUACAACAUAUAAACCAUCACGACUCUAGAGCCACAUCAGCUCAUUUGACAUUACAUGUUUAAUGCGCAAGUCUCACAAAAACAAACUUAAAACCACAUGGCUAAUUUGCAUAAACUAAGUGAAUAAAAAAACAGCUCUUGUGCGCUGAUGCGGGUCAACUUCUGUCGGACUAAAGGACACGACUCAAUGGAAUAAAGGACCGCUAUGCACAGCUACCUACAUUUGGUUUGUUAAUUAAAAAUGAACGUAAUCGACAAAAUUCUUAAUGAUCAAUUACCGAUUAAUUGACUAAUCAUGCCCAUCCCUACUGAUUGAAUACCUAAUCUUCCAACAAGCCAAUUAUAACUCCUUUCACACCACAAAUGAACCAGAUUUGAAGUGAAAAUAAGCAAAGCGUAAGCCUGUACUGGGACUGAAACCGGGACUGGGUCUGGACGUGCACAUGGGAUCAAUGGGACCAUCAUAAGUGAAUCAGUCGCCCCAGGACCUUAACCAGCCUCUGAAGUUCAAGUGUCAAAAGGAAAUCUGUUAUUUGCUAAAUGCUAAUGUGAGGUUAGCUUGUAUGAUUUUAUGAACAGUAUGCUGGUCUGAGAGCAAUAGUAAAACCAGGAUUAUUCUGCUGCAGCGACAAUCAGCCAAUCGAUAAGUGAUGAUCAUUUUUACUGGAUUUUAUAACGAGCAGUAGACAAAGCAGGAGCCAGAUACAGACUGGUGUGGCCAUUGUAAAAAAUAACUGUAUGUAUGUAAAAUAGGGAGUUUUUGUUAUUGUUUUGAGUUAUGAAUUAUUUGGUGACUGUUUCUGUUCUGUCCGUAUCAGGUAACAUCAGGUUUAUCAAACAAACCAGGCAUCCAUAUUGCACAAAUAUCAACAGUUAAUCUGCUCCUCUGAAGCUACCAAAUACAUAAGAAAACUACUUUGUGAAAACGUAUAUUAUAUGAUAUAAAAUAAAUAAUUAUCGCUGCGGGCAGAUGAAGAUGUGGCUGUCAGUAUGCCGCCUCUAAAAUGCAUCAGAUACACGUCACUACACUGAGAUAAUCGACCAAGAAAUUAGAAUCAGCCAACUAGACGACAAUACACAUUAUUAUUUUAGACUUGUCUUCUCUCACUGGUUUUAAUUAACAUGUAGCUUCAGCGGAGCAGACCUCAGAGUUCCUCUCACUCCGACCAAAGCAUAACACAUGUCAGAAUCAGUCAAACAUUUGUACAAAAAUGUUACCGUAAAUAUAUAUUGCUGCUGUGGUACAUUCUGGGCCACUGUAAAAUUUUGACUCUUGUACAUAAACUUUUUUAGCUUUUUGGACUGUUGAGCUGUUUGUACUUUUUCACUCUGUGGAUUUUGGAUUUCUGGUUUGGUUUUGUAAAUACAAAAGUGAGCAGACUGGUGUACACAGUGUUUUAAAUAAAGAUGGUCAGUAUUUACACCACACUGA